GGUAAGAUUUCUCUAUGAAUUGGGCCUGAUAUUUUUUAAAUUAAACACUCAAAGAUGGAUAUAACUCAACUGCCUACUGAAAUUUUAGAGAUAAUAUGCUCAUAUCUCGACACUCCGGAUGUUUUAAAUCUACGACAAGUCCACCCUAGAUUUGUAUAUGUCUCAACUUCUCGUUGCGUGAUAAGUCAUGUAAACGUAACAAAUUGCUACCAUUUUAAUAAGGUCCACUUAGAAAAUUUUUUAGUUAAAAAUCCUACGUGUCUUCACAUAACGUCGUUGAAUCUCACAUCGAUUUACUGGAUAUCUGCAUACGAUUUACGGAAGAAUAUUAUGAAACUGCUUCAUUUGAAAGAAUUGUAUGUGAUUGAUACUAAACUAGGUCUCAGAAAAUCUGAUGUGACAGUGUACAGAGCUUUACCUAGCUUGGAACGUUUAGGCGUAACCAUUCUCAGAAGAACGUUUUGUAAAGAAGUUAUUCAGCAUCUUCCAAAACUAACUCAUUUUUACUUUCAUAUUGAAAGUUUUGCCGUAGGAUUGCUACAUUUAAUAUUACAUACCCUAGGAAAAUUUAAUCCACUUGCCGAAUUAUGGAUAAUUGAAAUUGGUUUGCCAACAAUUCAUGAUUGGAAAAUGAUAUCGCUUCCUCGCAACGUACAGGAUAUAACUACGUUGGCGAUAAAUUUCGCGUGCGUUCGCGAUACAAUUCUAGCUAACAAUUUGACUAAAAUGUUUGUAUCACACGUUCGAGACCAAUUUGCCGUUUAUAAAAGGCUUGAUGUUACUAUGCCAAUGCUGUGGGAUCGACAAUACGAAGACGUGAAUUGGUUACAUUUACUUCGUUUGAGGCGCUGUUCCUCUCCUUUCUCGCGUAAACAAUUUAAUGAAUUAUUUUACGAUCAUUCGAAAUUAGGUACGAUGAUGUUUGAUGAGUUGAAUUUUAUACAUCAUAGCCCGACUUGUACUGAUAAUUACCACGAACAUAUACGCAAUAUCCUUUUGUAUGAAAAUAGCCGAGAAUUGCAAAAAACUGCGUUAAAUAUGUGCGCAGCAUUACAUGAUGCUGAAUUUAAUAUUCCGCAACCCACAAAACGCCCUCGAAUUGGAAAUGGAAUACCAGCCGAGUGCUUAUUAUCAAGAUUAGCCACUAACACCCCGCACUUAACAGAGUUAGAACUUUGGGGUUGUGCUAGAACCGUUAAUACGGUGUAUAUUAAUAACACAGCGAUUGAAAAUAUAGCCAAUUUUAAAAAAUUAGAGAAAUUAACUAUCGAUGAAAUCCCUCAUUUAAUAUCCGGAGUAUUUUUAACAAAGAUUUUACAAGAAUGUAAAAGUUUAGUUUCAUUAAGAAUCAGAUCAAAAACGCAUAACACGAAAUUGCAUUUUAUGUUAUGCAAUGCUUUGCCUUAUGCAAAAACAUUACAAGACUUAAGAUAUGAACAUCCGUGUAACAUAUCAAUAGAUCGCUUAUUCACUGCGCUGGCAAACAGUCUAGAAGUCCGUUUAAAACGGCUUUACAUUAAAUGUCGCAGCGUAGAAGUAAUUAGUGCCAAACCGUUUGAAAAUUUCUUAGAGAAGAACCCACAAUUAAUAUUUCUAUGUUUGCAAAUUUCGAAUUUGCCCCAAACCUCGAUUAAAAAACUUUUAGACGCAUUGAAACGUUUUAAAAACGACCCAAGAAAGGUUUUCGUUUUGGUAAAAAGUGACGAACAACUCGAAGGUAACGUCCAGAUUCCUCACGUUCAUUUUAACGACAUGAUCAAGUUGUCAUCUCGAGUAUCCGUGAUCGACGUUUUUAAAGACUUCGAUCAUUAAAAUGCAUGCGUAUUAUUGUGAUAACUUGUGAUAAAAGAUAACUUUUUGAUAAAAACUGUAUUAUUAUUAAAAAAAUGUCUAUUAAGACGACGUGUUAUGUGCGUUAUACUAUUUAUUUUGAGAUUAUCAGAUUUAAGACUGACUUAGAAUGAUGUUUUUUUUUGUGUUCAUCUAAUAAUCUCAUCAAAUGUUGAGUUUGUACUUAAAAAUAAAGUUUUUAUAUUUAUGCAAUAA